GUUUGAAGCUACUCUGAUGACCUGCUUGCUUUUUGAUCCUCAUUUGAAGGUAAGGAUUGCAUCUGCGUCAGCUCUUGCCAUCAUGAUGGAUGGGCCUUCAUCUAUUUUCCUUCAAGUGGCAGAGUACAAGGAAUCCACCAAAUAUGGAUCGUUUAUGCCCCUCUCCAAUUCCCUUGGUCGAAUAUUAAUGCAACUCCACACAGGCAUUCUACAUUUGAUUCACAGCGAUACUCAUGGUAGAUUGUUGAUUCAGCUGUUCAAGAUCCUCUUGCUUCUGAUAUCAAGCACACCUUACUCGAGAAUGCCAGGAGAAUUGCUGCCAAAAGUUAUAACGUCUCUGCAUGCUAGGAUCAAUGAAGGGUUUCCUUUUAAAAAUGAUAAAACUGGUCUGCUGCACGACAUUGGUACACAGGAGUUAAAGGUGUUCCAAGAUAACUCCCUCCGCUGGUUUCGGCUCGUUCACCGGGAACGUCCACCGCGUGCCGCAGCAUCUUGA